AUGUGCCAAGCUUUGGUGGACUGUGCUCAUGGAUUGCUGGUAGCUCAUACUCGCGUCCAACGCUGCCUACCCGCACCUCAUCACAGCUCUCAACCCAUCAACCCUACCCACAGACAUCCCUCACACACUCGCGCUCUGCUAAUUCUCUGGUUCCUUUGCGCUUUACCCCGCGAAUUACGAGACUUGUCAAAAUGGCCACCGGCAUGUUGGGAGAAGGUACAUCCAGUGACGUUUGGAGUGAAGCUAGAGCUCACCUGCUUACCCUGCGCAGAUGGCAUCCAUAUCGACAUGAACCACUUGAAGAAGGGAGAAGUCAAUCUCGGAACCUCAAUCAUGGCAAUCAACUUCAAGGACGGCGUGAUAUUAGGCGCUGAUAGUCGAACGACGACGGGUGCUUACAUUGCGAACCGAGUAACGGACAAGCUCACACAAGUGCACGACACAAUCUGGUGUUGUCGCUCGGGCUCCGCGGCGGACACGCAAGCCGUAGCAGACAUUGUGCACUAUCACCUCGGCAUGUACGGAAUCACAAACGAUGAGCCUCCUACUACGCAGACGGCCGCAGCCAUCUUCCAAGAACUCUGCUACGCCAACAAGGACCAGUUAUCAGCUGGCAUGAUCAUCGCAGGGUACGAUCACAGGCACGGAGGUCAGGUAUAUUCGAUACCUCUCGGCGGCUCCCUACACAAGCAGUCGUAUGCGAUCGGCGGUUCUGGAUCAACAUACAUUUACGGAUACUGUGAUGCCAAUUGGCAGGAGAACAUGACCGAGGAGGAGGGCGUCAAAUUCGUCAGGGGAGCUCUGCAGGAGGCUAUCAAGUGGGACGGCAGCUCUGGUACGUUUUCCCGGAGUACACACACUACAAGUGACGACACGUUUUGGCAUUCCAAGAUGCUAUCGCAUGGAGCGUUUGGCAGCUCUGACAAUGCAUUGAAACUGACAUGGUUGAACUAUACUGACUUUGGACUUCCUCCAUGUAGGUGGUGUGAUCCGCAUGGUGGUUCUGACGGCUCGUGGCGCGCAACGGCAUCUGUAUCUGCCCGACCAGGGUUACAUGGGCCCGGGAACUCAAUAGAGGGUGGGUCAGGAACACGGAGGCAAGAACAGCAAACUGCACCGGUAUAUACAUAG